CGGGAAAUGGCGUCCCGAGCAGCUGUAGCAGAUCUAUCUGUCGUUCUGUGACUCACACUCAGCGGAGAAACUGACCGACAGACGCUGUCGCGGGCCGCGGCCACUUCCACAACCACCUCUACACCGUGUCGUCGCGACCCCUGGCAUUCUUACAUGUGACUUUUGGGACAAUGAGGCUGAGAGUGCGUAAAGCAUCUCAGCAGCGGAGCGCCACCCCGUCCGCCCGGACCGUCAAGACCAAAAGGAAGCACUCCGAGGUGGAGCACAGUUUGUCCACUGAAGACGCCAAGAUGCAGAAGCGAGACACGGGCAUUUUCUCCACCAUCAAACGCUUCAUCAGAGGCAACGCCGUCAAGGUGGAGCAGUGCACUCCUGCGAAGAGAAGCCGUGUUGACUGUGAUUCAGACAGUAAUCUGAUCACAUCCACUCCGACCGGUGGAAACCUGCCCAGCAGAGCAAACCCCAAAACCCGCAGGAAAGGCCCUGUCAAUGGAGAUACCAUGACAGGUCAGAAUAAACCAGUAAAGCCCAAUGGGAAGCUGGAGGUGCAGGCGGAGACUCCGAGCAGUCCGCCUCGCACCACUCUCCUGGGCACCAUCUUCUCUCCUGUUUUUAGCUUCUUCUCGCCCGCCAACAAAAACGCUACGGCAGGCUCCGAUUCCCCAGGCCAGGCGGUGGAAGCUGAGGAGAUCGUGAAGCAGCUUGACAUGGAGCAGCUUGAAGAAACCCCGACCAGCACUACCACAGACGGCCGAGACCUGACCUUUGACCCUGCACUAAACCCCAGACCGCUGCCUCACAUAGACACAACAGUAGAGGAAGGAGAGAUCGUCACAGAGGCGGAUAUGCCACCUCUGACUGCUGUAGGAUCCAACAGCAAUUACCCAGAUGUCCCUCCAUCACCUCCUGCAGAGGGGACUUAUGAAGAGGACUGGGAAGUUUUUGAUCCUUAUUUCUUUAUCAAACACGUGCCACCGCUGACUGAAGAGCAGCUCACCCGUAAACCUGCGCUGCCUCUGAAAACCAGGAGCACGCCCGAGUUCUCCCUUGUUCUCGAUCUAGAUGAGACUUUGGUUCACUGCAGCCUCAAUGAACUGGAGGACGCAGCCUUGACCUUCCCUGUUCUUUUUCAAGAUGUCAUUUACCAGGUUUACGUCCGGUUACGGCCAUUCUUUAGAGAAUUCCUGGAACGCAUGUCUCAGAUCUAUGAGAUUAUUCUGUUUACUGCUUCCAAGAAGGUGUAUGCUGACAAACUGCUGAACAUCCUGGACCCUAAAAAACAGUUGGUUAGGCACAGAUUGUUUCGUGAGCACUGCGUGUGUGUUCAAGGGAACUACAUUAAGGACCUGAACAUCCUCGGUCGAGAUCUUUCCAAGACUGUCAUCAUCGAUAACUCCCCGCAGGCUUUUGCCUACCAGCUUUCCAAUGGGAUCCCCAUUGAGAGUUGGUUCGUGGACAAGAAUGACAAUGAGCUCCUAAAGCUGGUGCCGUUUUUGGAGAAGCUGGUGGAACUGAACGAGGAUGUUCGUCCAUACAUCAGAGAGCGAUUUCGCCUGCAUGACCUUUUACCCCCGGACUGAAGGUGGAAGCAAAACGAACACUUCUUGCCAACCUGACUGUUUUCAAGCAGUGGGGAAAUUCACACCAAGGGGAGGGGAAAGGAGAACUUGCCACAAACUCUUUGCCAUACGGAUUUAAACUGCAGACUUGCCCACAUAGGGCGUCUUUUAUUCGGGACGGGAGGGGAGGGGAGGGGGGGUGUGUAGACAGAUGUUUUAAAACAAAUGACUCGAUGUAUGCAUACGUUUUCUAUACACAAAAACACACACACACACACACACACGUUUAUGGAUCCGACAGCGAGGAUCAUUUUUUGAUUGGUCGCCAGUCUCGGAGUGAAGUUUAUGCCUGAUGGGGACUUUAAUCGUAAAGCGCUUUUGUGCAGAAGUGGACUUUCGUCACUCCUUUUGGUGCUCAAAGGGACCCUCUGCCCUUCCAGGCCACUUCAGCAAGAAUAGAAAUCUAUAAAACACGGAUAUAUACAUUCAACUACGUGUGUAUAUGUGUAUAUAUAACAUUUGUACAUAUAUAUUUUUUCCUGUCAAGUUUGUAAAACACAACUUGCCCUUUGGUUUUAAUCCAUUAUGCAUUCCUCCUUCGUUUUCGUUUCAUAGAUGAGCUGGCUUUUUAUUCAUUAUCACUUUUUUUACUCUAGAUUUUUCUGUAUAUUUAAUGGCCUAUCCGUUUCGCUUUCGCUCUCUUAUUCGCAAUGACGUGUAAUCGAAUAUCCGGUCAUCAUAUUUGUAAAUCCCGACUCUUUGAUUCUCCAUCUAUAGUUGUGGCUUUCAGUUACUGACCGCUUCCUAUCAUUUAUCCAUGUCAGUCCUUAAAACUUGGGGAGUUUUAACUACUUCUUUUUUUUUAUAUACACGUAUAGCUGAAAUGUAAAAUACUGUAUGUGCUUUAAAUUGCUUUUCUGUGAAGAAGAAGAAGAAAAAA